UACCAUUUACUAACGCAAUUAAGGCAGGUCCAUUACCGAACUAUCUACCGUUUCGUAUAAUAUAUAUUUGUCCACGAACGUGUAGAACACAUAGGUACAACUAUUCCUACGAACAAUCCUUUCAUACAAAUAACCAUGCCUUCAAUAACUGAGACUGUAAAAGCACAUCAGCCAGAUCUGGGUCCAUACGAAGAGCUCUACAAAUGGUUUCACACUCACCCAGAGCUUUCAUUCCAAGAAAAGAAUACCGCAGAUGCGAUUAUUAAACACCUCGAGACCUUCAAAGUGUUCACGAUCCAUUCUUCCAUCGGUGGCCAUGGAAUAGCUGCCAGUUUCUCAAAUGGUCCAGGAAAAACUAUCCUUUUGCGUGCUGACACCGAUGCCCUCCCCGUUGAAGAGAAGACAGGACUGCAGUACGCCAGUACAGCGCGCAUGAAAGAUCUUGACGGUGUUGAGAAGCCGGUCAUGCAUGCCUGUGGGCAUGACAUGCACAUUACUUCGUUGCUCGCGGCUGCAGAGUGCUUGGUUAGAUGCAAGGACGAGUGGAGUGGUGAGUUGAUAUUAGUGUUCCAACCCGCCGAAGAGAGAGCAGGCGGAGCCCAGAAUAUGGUUGAUGACGGACUAUACGAAAAGGUCAAAGAACCAGACGUCGUAGUCGGAGCACACGUCAUGCCUGAAAGAGCCGGAGUAAUUGGCACAAAACGUGGUCUCAUCGCCAGCUCAGCAGACAGAUUUCAACUUCGCAUCCCAGGUCGUCAAGCCCACGCCUCAACCCCCCAUCGCAGUGUUGAUCCCAUCGUACAAGCAGCAUCCACGAUCAUGCGUCUCCAAUCCAUUGUGUCGCGCGAGGUUGACCCCCUGGACUUCGCCGUUGUAACUGUCUCGGCCUUCCAUGCCGGCGACGCCGAAAACAUCAUUCCCUCGGAAGCCAACCUGAAAAUCGACGUGCGCGCAGGUCUGCCCCAAACUCGCGAACGCGUUCUAGCAAGCGUAAAACGCAUAAUAGCUGCUGAAGCAGCUGCCUCCAACAAUCCCUCUGAGCCCACACUAACACCGACAACACAAUUCCCCCUGUUAUUCAACGAAGACAGUGUCACCGAUGCGCUGGAGCAGUCCUUUUCCCAGCACUUCAAGCCCGGUAAAACGAGUUAUCAGAAUGACAUUGCGAGGCUCCAAGGAAGCGAGGACUUUGGUAUUCUGGCUACGGCGAUUGGGAAACCGAGCUGCUUUUUCCUGUAUGGAGGAAUAGAUCCCAAGGUAUGGGACAAGGCGGAGGCAGAGGACAGGAUAAGUGAGGAUAUCCCUGGAAACCAUAGCCCGUUUUUUGCACCAGUCGUUCAGCCUACUCUUACUGUUGGCAUGGAAGGGUAUGCUGUUGCGGCAUUGACGUUUUUGAGAAAGGGGCCGUAG